GUCUUGGGUCUUUGGGAGCAUUGGUGUCGAAGGUUGGUGUCCAAUCUGGCCUGUUGCUUCCUCUUGGCGCCCUUUUUGCCGGAGGUGAUGGUGUUACCUUUGAAUGUCAAAGGCGUUACUCACAACAUCCCUCACUUGCGGAAGAACAGCCUGCUGGACGGCCUCAUGGAGUUGCCCUUCUGGCAUCCAGGACGCUACGUGCACACCACCCAGUUCGAUGCCGUGUUCUGCGGCGUCAUUCUCUUAAACACCUUCGUGAUGGCCCUGGAGAUGCAGUACAUGGGCCUUCAGCGGGGCUACGAGUUGGGCUUCCCCAACUUCGUGCAACCUGCGAGCCGAAGCCUCAAGGCAGAGGUCGUCUUUGGCGUCAUCUACCUCCUUGAGCUGAUUAUCAAGCUCAUAGGAUUUAAGAUGCGCUUCUUCAAGGAGUGGUGGAAUUGGUUUGAUGGGAUCCUGGUGGUCAUGUGGCUGGCGGAAUUCACCCUGCGGGACGUGAUCCAAAUGGACGGCGCGAUUUUGCGAAUGAUGCGCAUGGCGCGGCUCUUGCGGCUCAUACGUUUGGUGAAGACCAUCCAAGGCUUCGACGCACUCUACAUCAUGACCACCGCCCUGAUGGGCAGUACGGUUUGCCUCUUUUGGUCCUUUAUGCUUCUCAUGACGGUGCAAAUCAUGAUCGCCUUCUUCUUGAACGAAUCCUUGGAGACCUACUUCCAAGACAAGACCAAGCCGGUUUCAGAAAAGCUGCAGGUCUUCGAGUAUUUUGGAACCACAGCUCGGGUCAUGCUCACCAUGUUCGAGCUCACGCUCGCGAACUGGCCAGUGGCGGCCCGCAUCUUGCAAGAGAAUGUCACAGAGUACUACUCAAUUUUCUCGGUCGCCUACAAGCUCAUCAUCGGCUUUGCGGCAGUGGGCAUCAUCAACGGCGUGUUUAUGCAGGAGACAUUCAAAGUGGCGGCGUCCGACGACAAGCUGAUGAUGAGACAGAAGGAGAGAGACCGCUGGCUUCACACGAAGAAGAUGAGGGUCUUGUUCCAGGCCGCUGACGAGUCUGGUGAUGGCUAUUUGGAUCGUGAAGAGUUCCUCGAAAUCAUGAACAUUCCGGAAGUCAGGCCGGGCAGAGUACCCACCAUGCCGGCCUUUUUCAAUUGGGAUUCCCACGGCAUGGGCAAACCUGAGUGUUGCUGCAACAUGAUGUCUAGCAUCCCCCAUACCUACAAGUGUGCCAGACGGCCCUCGUCUACCCAUGCAAUACAGGUUGCUGCCAGUAGUUUGUGA